CUCAUGCACAGCGCCCACUUCAAGCCCCAUCACGAACACGCCUAUUAUAACAGCAAUCAUGCCCAUUUCCAAGAAAGCUAGGGUCCAGCGCGAGCACAAGGCAGCCGAGAAGGCUGGCACCCGCGCACCGGUCAAGGCGAACGGCCUUCCGGUCAAGGCUCCCAAGCCGACUUCCAUUUGCCAGAAUUGCCGCAAGGAAAUGGUCUCCACAAACAAGACGCAGUUGAUGGAUCAUGCGUUGACCCACGACCAAAAGUCGUGGACAAAGGAGAAAUGCUUCCCUAACGACUUCUCUUGA